GUAUAUAUCUGUAUCAUGAAUCAAUUUAAGUGGACCCCGACUUAAACAAGUUGAAAAACUUAUUCGGGUGUUACCAUUUAGUGGUCAAUUGUACGGAAUAUGUACUUCACUGUGCAACCUACUAAUAAAAGUCUCAAUCAAUCAAUCAAAAAACCCUCUUCUGCUCGGUGGCGUGACGCAAAAUACGGCACAAAUGUUGACCAAUCACGCGUGGCCUUAGAAAAACCGUCUCGUUAACUUCAAAGAACCACCUCCUACCGUCCACUUCAAAGACUUUUCACUCUAAUGUCAUUCAUGAGUGACACGUUACUACUUUUGUUCUGCUAUCUGGCGUUUGGAAAGUAAUGUCAUAGUUACGCUGGUAAAAAUACUCUCGCAUACUUACAGGAGUGGACUCCGUGAUAUUUUUGGCACCUUCUCCUGUUCGAGUGGUGUAGUGGUUACUGGGCGUCUGUCAUCGCACGUCCGUUCAGAGUGACAUUGCUUGCAAAGUGGAGAGAAAAUCGCACGUUUUUAGCCGGAAGUGGUAACAGGAUUAAUCUUGAUUAUUUUAUGAUGGAAUAUCGCAUGAGAGCUGAUGCUUGGCCCUCGGGAUUGGACAAUUUGGACCAUUUUUUAUAUUGCUGCGUUCAAGGACUUAGAUUCGUUGUAAAUAUGAGUUGGUUAGUUUCGCUUGGUAAGCUGAUUGAAUAUAGUCUGUUUUAUUGAGCAAUGUGGAACGCGCUUCUUAACGGAACGGGGCUGCACGCUGGGGGCGGUGCAGGUGGGGGCAACGUCCCGGUUCAAGGAUGGGAGUUUGUGCCUGGCACCCGAAUGGAGAAGACAGAACGAGGCAGAGGCAAGCGGCACAGCCCGCAGAGGAGGGUCUCCUCUCCGCCCACCGUCUUCAGCCACAUCUAUGAGCCGCAUUGCAGCGCCUCGUCUGGGGGAGGUGAGGGUGCUACGGGGAUAACGCUGGAAGUCCUCAAGGGACAAAUGUCUUCUGGCCCCGAUGCUCCGCAGCAACAACAUACAAAGCUAAAAAAGAAACUUGAGGAUCUAAAAAAGAAGCAUGUGCAGGACAAAGCGGAAUGGAUUCGGGAGAAGGAGUUGCUGCUGAGAGAAGUGGCUGACAUACAAGGUGGGGAGAACCGUCGAAUUUUGCUGGACUUAAAGACCGUUUUGGAUGAAGUGCAGGUGGAGGUGAAGCGGGAGGAAGAGAAGAGGAGUGAGCUCCAGUUGCAGUACACCAGAGACAGAUGUGGCUGGGAGGUGGAGAGGGCUGAGCUCAAGUGCAGGAUUGCACAGCUGGAAGCCAAAGAAGAUUGCAGGUCGACAAGUGGAAGUGUCAAGUUAGCACCAGGUCCUCACUCAUCAACAUCGACGCUCAGUCAGGAAAAAGAGGAGCAGCGGAGGCUCCUGGCAGACACGCGCUCAACUACCAUGGAGCUGCGCUGUCGUCUGGAGCACAACGAGAAAGACUGGUUGAAGGAGAAAGCCGACUUACUGGGGAGGUUUGAUGUGGAAAGACAGGAAUGGGAAAGCCAACUAAAGGAUAUGCAACAGAAAAUAGAAGAGUUGUACUGUGAGGUGAGGGCCAAGAGAGAGGAGACCGAAUUGGCUGGUGGCAGGCGGGGUGAGGAAGAAGAGCAUCACCUCAGUGUAAAUUCCCUCAGCACUGGUUCUAGUGUGCUGAGUGACAUUUCACAGCCGCACAGCAGCUGCAGUCAGUCAGAGCCCUUACCUGGCUUUAGCCACUACAACAUUAUCAGUGGAGGGGAGAGUGCCAUUUAUUCCACCACCUGUUGUCAAGUAGACCGCCUAUGUGAACUGAAUGCAAGUGGUCAAUUUGCACGGAAUGAAGAUGCAGUUCCUGAAUUGAAAUCUAGAGACUCUCUUCUUAAUAGGAAAGAAGCUGUAGACACCUCAGAGCUUGAAGCUAUUGUCCUUAAAUCACCUGAAUGUGGAAGGGCACCGAAAAAUGUCUCCAUAGGGAAUGCAAAUAAUGUAGAUCAUAGCCUUCAAGCAAGUUCUGUGUUGGCAGAGAUGUGUUACACCAGUGAGAAGAAGAAGAGCACCACUGCUUUAAAUGCUGCUCUGAAAGAGAUAGCACGAGUUAGUGAAGAGCUCUGCAGCUACCAGGAUAAGAUCAAAAAGAACAGUGUGGAAAAAAGAAAUCAAUCAGAACUCCUGUGCCUCUCAGAAGAGAAGAACAUUCCAUUGGCCAUGGAUAAAACGGGAUUUAACUCAAAUCAGACACCAUCUGACCUCAGCCAAAUUUACUAUCAACUUAAGGAAUUGGAGAAGGAAAACUGGAUCACCUUGUCGCCAGAUCACACCUGGCGGGCCCAGAGAGGGUCACACAAUUCCUGGGGAAAGAAUUCCACUGACAGCUGCAGAGAUGUACAGACAAGCCUGGGAGCACUCUUUGAUAUGGAUACAGUACCCCCUCCUCUGCCUACCCGCAGCUUCUCCCGGAAUCUGAGCUCUCCCUCCCAACGAGAUAUAGAACUCCACAUCCCUGAAUCCCCCAUGACAACAAUGACAAAGUGCCACAGCCCAUGUGCUGUCGUAGACAAAAAGUAUAGCCCAUGUGCUGUCGUAGACAAAACGGGUAGCAGCCCAUCUAUUGUUAGGAAGUUUGAGGCAAUGCUGCAAGAAAAUGAAGGAAAAGUUUUCAAAGAUGGUGUGGUCGCAUCAUGGUCCGUUCCUACAAAUUCCAACUGUAACAGUGGCUGCUCCCACAACCGUUGGUCUUGUGAUGCAAGCAAGUGUACUAGCAGUAAGUUGUCCACAUCUGGGACUGUCCAGAAAAGCUUCUCUGAGGCCAACAUAUUGACUUCAACAAAAGACUGCUCACAUUACACCUUUGGUGUUGGAAAUGUACAGAACCGUCAGCUACAAAUGGCCCCAAUUGUUAAAGAAUUACCUGUAGAUCUGCUUUUGUCCUCACUGGAAACGACCAGCCCCAAACUACAAGGCUCCAGGAGAAACAUUACGCUGGAACAAAAAACAGCAGAGUUCAACAGGACUUUGUUUCAAGCAGUGAUGGGUCGUGGGGUAGAGCACCAAGACUGUGUUCCAGAAGCAAAUACACACUCUUGUCAACCAGCCAUGUUAGUAGACUCUGUGUCCAAUGAGGUUUUAUUUCCCAGGUGUCAACCUGAUGAAAUCCCUGACAUCAUGGAUGUGAAUACUGAAGUUGAAUUACGCAUUUCCACCCCGGAUCAAAUCAAAUGUAGCCCUGAAGUUCAAGAGGUCAGAAAGAUUCAUGGCAACAUUUCUGUCGCUGUACCUGAACAAUUAAAUGUUGCAGUCAGGGAGACAAACACAACAACCACUCACAGUCCUGAGCAACUUUCUGAGAUUAAGAAAAAGGUUUGCACGGUGAGCAGUCCUACCAGGAGAACGCAAUACAGGGCAACCACACACACUCCCCUUUUUAAGCCUCUAUUGUCUGCAAAAAUUAAUUCAGAACAUAAUGGAGAGGACAUCACCUUCAAGAAGGACUAUUUCUCAGGAGUGAAGCCUCAGCCGGCUGAGAUCGAAAGAUCACUCCAGCAGCCCUCUGCACAGAGCAAAGAGAGACUCCUGACACAAAACUCAAAACUUGGUUUUGUUUCUCCCUCCCAGUCAGAUGGCUGCAAACCUGGGCCUCGAAUAUUGAAUGACCAUCCCUGGAAACCCCUUACUCUCGCUGCGUACCCGCGCCCUGAGGGUUCACGUUCCAACUAUGGUGCAGUAGAGAUCAUUUUGAAACACUAUGAGAGUGCAUCUCGGGCUCAACAGCACCAAAGCCAACACAUUGAGACAGCUUCAAGUCCUAACUCCUGCCUCCAGAAAGACACCAUCGAGUUGAACAAGUGCAAUAUGCACCCUCCUGUGAAGCAGUCGUCACUCACAAAGUCAGACGCCAGACUCAACAGCCCGGUGGCACAAAUAAAGCUUUCAGUGCAGGAGAAAGAAGAGUCCUGCUUCCCCUUCAACCAGAAUGCUUUCACAAAGCCUGCACGUCCAGCCAAUCGACGCCUGCCCUCCCGCUGGGCCAGCCUGUCCCCAACUUCCUUCUCUACUGCCUUCAUGUCUCCCUGGAUCACACCUGUUGUACCUCCAUCUAUGCCCUCUCAUAAAUGCACUCCCUCCUUCCCUUACUCACAUGCCUUUCACAUGGAGAAUGUCAUUAUUUGAUCUCCAACAAGAUUCCUUCCAUGAAUGAACCCUGAACACUUUUAUCUUCACCACUGUUGUACACCAUAAAACCAAACCUUCUCUCUCACAAACUUUGAAGUGCUUUAGUUGUGAGUUUUCCCAACUCACCUUAGAAUGUAUGUGGCAUUCACUGGAGCCAAGCUGACUAAAUUAGAAAAGGUUCCAAAACAGCUUCAAUUGUGCAACGGCGUGCUCACACUGACCUGCCAUGCAUUGUUCAUGCCUCAGAAGGCAGUGAACAUGUAAUUUACUACGCUCAGGUCUGUAUUCUAGCCUUGACUACAGAAGCUUGCAGAUCUACUAACCUUUCACUAUAUGUAUCUCCAUACCGCAUUAACACCAAAAGAUGAUUUAAGUUUGUAAUCAAAAGGAACUGUAUAGCGGUUUGUAUUUUCUUGAAAACAAUGCUUUUGCUGCUUUAGCAUCAGAUUGUCAAAUUUCUGCCUUGAAAAUAACUGAAUACAUGUACUGUACCUCUGCUGUGACUUUUUGCUUUAAAUGUAUCACUGACUUCUUCCACUGGUUAUACUUGUUUGAUAUUGACAAAUAAAAUGCGAGUUCACUUUUAUAACUUUGUAUCAAUGGCUGGUUGUGUUUUGUCAAAGAUAUUAUUUGUCAAAGCAUCUUGCAAACUUUUUUCUGUAUUGAACUUUUUUUUCUUGGAGUGUUUACUCACUGACAUUAUUUUUUCCUACGUGUACAGAAACAUUGUCACAUAUUCGGACACAACUUAGUAGAACAGCCUAUUGGGUCAAAGUAUUGAGCCCAAUUAUCAUAAAAA